UGUUUUUGCUACUAUCUUCGUUUCUUUUUAACAUUUUUUAUCCUGCAUUGUUCUUUUAAUAUUCAUCUUUGCUUAUGGGAAACCAUGCAGAUUAUUGUUGAGAAGGCUGUAAAGAGCGACGUUCCUGAUCUUGAUCAAAAGAAGUAUCUUGUUCCUGCUGAUUUGACCGUGGGCCAAUUUGUUCAUGUUGUCCGUAAAAGGAUCAAGCUCAGUGCUGAGAAAGCUAUAUUUGUCUUUGUGAAUAACACUCUCCCUUCUACUGCUGCCUUGAUGUCUGCAAUUUAUGAGGAAAACAAGGAUGAAGAUGGUUUUCUUUAUUUGACUUACAGUGGAGAGCACACAUUUGGUGUAAAUUCUCAGUAG